GACAAGGAUUGAAUUACAAGCAAAAGCAAAAGAAAAUGAAAAGCAUGUCCAAUUCUACUCUCUUUUUCCUCAUUGCACCAAUAUUACAUUUCCUUUCCUAAACUCUAAACCUUCUAUCUGAAACAAAUAUCAGCUCGAAGAAUGGAGGGAGAAGCUGUGGCCGCCGUCCUUCAAGUUCUUGUUCAAAACCUUAUCGACCAUUCCAAGAAAGAGUUCUCACUUGUCCGAGGCCUCAAAAAAGAAGCAGCAAAACUGACUAAGCGUUUGGGUACCCUCCAGCAAUUCUUGAAGGAUGCAGAGAUGCGUACCAUUCCCGGUGGAUCUGUCAAAAGGUGGCUCAACCAGCUCGAAGAUGUGGCGUUUGAUGCUGACAAUGUUUUGGAUGAGUUCAACUAUCAUCUCCUCCGCAAACAAAUCAACCCCAUCAUGCCUAACGAACCCGUCAAACCCAUGAAACAAAAGGUACUCUCGUACUUCUCACCAUGCGUUAAAUAUUCACGCUCCCGAAAUAUGGCUCUUAGGAUCCAAGAUAUCAAUGAGAAUUUGGAGGUCAUUAACAAAGAAGCUGCCGAUCUUGGCCUCAAAGAGAUGCUUGCCACCAAUGUGCCCACUUUGCCUGAUGUGUCUCGUGAAACUGACUCACUCACUCUUGACCCAAUUUUUAUUGGAAGAGAUAAGGUGAUGUCAGAAAUAGUUGAAAAGGUUACCACUUGUAUCACAACUGAUGAUCGUGUUUCUAUCCUGGCCAUUGUGGGAAUGGGAGGAUUGGGGAAGACAACUUUGACUAGGAAAGUCUUUCAUUUUCUAAAAGAAAAUAAUCUUUUUGGAUCACAUCUUUGGGUGCAUGUUUCUCAAAUUUUUGAUCCAAUCACUCUUUUCAAGAAAAUCCUCAAAGAGUUGAAUCCCAAUAAAGUUGAUGCUGAGAUGAGUAAGCAAGAUAUUAUGAAAAAGCUGGGAGAAGAUUUGAAAGAAAAAACAUAUCUUCUUACUCUUGAUGAUGUUUGGAAUCAAGAUCGUCCCGCAUGGGAUGGUUUUAUCCAGUCGUUGUUGGGCGUUAGUUCUAUUAAGGGAAAUGUUAUUGUUGUUACCACCAGAAUUAAGGAGGUAGCUUCAACUGUGAGUCUACAUUGUCCACACGAGUUGAAAGUGUUAUCCGAAGAAGAUUGUUUAUCAAUUAUCAAAGAAAAAAGCUUUGGAAAAAAAGAUUUUCCAUUGGAAUUCGAGGCUAUUGGGAGAAAAAUUGCAAGAAGAUGUAAAGGUUUGCCUUUAGCCGCUAACGUAGUUGGUGGAGUAUUGCGCAAUAAAUCUGAAGAAAAAUGGAUCUCAAUCGAAGAGCAAGGGCUUUUACGCAAUGAAGGAGAUCAUAUCACAAAUAUAUUGAGGUUGAGCUAUGAUGAAUUGUCUGUACCAUCACUCAAGAAGUGUUUUACAUAUUGUUCUGUUUUUCCUAAAGGUCACAGAUUUGUGAAGCAGGAACUGAUUGAGUAUUGGAUGGCAGAAGGAUUUCUCGAAGCUGAUGGAAAUAAUGACUUGGAAUAUGUGGGAGAAAACUAUUUCAAUAUACUUGUAGACAAUUCCUUACUGCAAAUUACCGCAAGAUAUGAUGACUGGGUGGGAUGUGUGAUGCACGAUCUUGUGCAUGAUCUUGCAUAUUCUGUAUUAGGUGGUUGUAAUGCAUCUGACGUUUUCCCAGUUCGAUACAUGUUCCUAGAAGAAAAGUCAAAGGGUGUUUUGAAAAAAAAUGCAAAAUAUUUGCGAACGUUAUUAUCCAUGGAUAACACUUAUGGUAACACCUUCUCGGAGUUUGAAUGUCUCCAUGUUUUAACUUUUGGAAGUAGUACAGUUACUGAGUUGCCAAGUUCAAUCAUGAAGUUGAUACACUUGAGAGUUCUUGAUAUCAGCGAAUCAAAAGUUACAUAUCUUCCAGAUUGGAUUGGUAAAUUGGUUCACUUGCAAACAUUGAGAGCACUGGUAGAUUAUGUAGCAGGGUUAUUUCAACUUCCAAGCACUUUGAAGUACUUGAUUAACUUAAGACAUCUUUAUGUUUACAAAUCUGUAGAGUUGCCUGCUGAGAUUGGGCGGUUAACUUGUCUCCAAACCCUACAGUACUUUAUGGUGGGCUACUGUAGUGGCCACAAAAUUGAAGAACUCGGAAGUUUGAACGAUCUUAAAGGAAAAUUAGAAAUUUCUGAUCUGGAAAAGGUUGGUAACAAGGAAGAGGCCGAGAAAGCGAAUCUACAUAAAAAGUCAAAGUUAAUGGAGUUGCACUUGGUGUGGGAUGAGCAUAGAGAAGGUGAAAAUACAAAUGAUGAGGAUGUGUUAGAAGGCCUUCAACCUCACUCUAAUCUGAAGAAGUUAGAGAUUAAAGGAUUCAAGGGAAAAAAAUUUCCAUUCUGGACUCAAAAUAUGGUAAUUGCAAAUGUGUCUCAAGGUUGUUGGGUACCACUUAACCAGUUAGUUGAGAUAAAACUCUCCCAGUGCUCUAAAUGUGAAGAAAUCCCAAUGUUUGGGCAGUUGCCAAAGCUCAAAUCUCUUCAUUUGUAUGAAUUGAGUAAUGUGAAGUCCAUAAAUUCUUCUGCCCAUGAAUCCCAGUGUAUUGUUUUUCCGGCUCUUGAAAGCCUCAAAAUGUAUGACAUGCCUAGGCUGACAGAGUGGGUACACACAAAAUCAGUGGGUGUAAGUGACGUAAGUGACGUCAAGCUAUUCCCUCACCUACAAUACUUGGUGAUCGAACGUUGCAAUCAAUUGACGAAUUUUCCAGCUCUUUUCUGGUCGCCUCUCAAAGAGUUGACUAUUGGAUACAUUGAUAGCUACAGGCCUUUAGCAGACAUAUUUGAAACUGAGUUGACGUUGCUAACACGACUUUGCAUAAAAAGAAUAAAUGAUCUGGAAUGCCUCCCAGAUUGGUUAUUCGACAGCAAUCCCAAUCUGUUGAAAUUGGAGAUAGCGGAAUGCCCCAAUUUGAGAGGACUACCGUAUGGUAGCAAUCCCAAUCUGUUGAAAUUGGAGAUAGCGGAAUGCCCCAAUUUGAGAGGACUACCAUAUGGUCUGUGCACCUUCAAUUCUUUGGAGAAGUUGAUCAUAAAAAAGUGUCGAAAUUUGGAACAUAUGGGCGUACAACAAUCAGAAGGAAGCCUCUCCUGUCUUAAAGAGUUGGAUAUUAGGGACUGCAAUGCUUUGGUGUAUCUGCCAUGUGAACUGCUAGGAUCCUCGCUCGAGACACUGAGCUUGUGGAAUUUAAGUAGCCUACAGAAUGUACCUGAGAUAAUUACUGUCUGCCGAAAUUGCCCCGUCUAACAAGUUUGAGUAUUCUUAGUGUCCCUCAAUUUUCGGCCUUUGGUUAUAGUUAUGGUGGUCAUAGUAGCCUAAAGAUAGAUGUUAGUAUGAUUGGAUCAAUGGAGAUUGUUGAUGGCAUAUUGCAAGGAUGCAACUUCCCCCCAAUUGAAGAAUUAGAAUUGAAGGGGAGGGAAGGUUGGGAAAGUCUGCCGGAAUCAAUUCAAACUCUCACUGCUCUGCAAAAAUUAAAGUUGUCGAAUUUUGGAAUGGAAGAGUUACCUGAUUGGUUGGGAAACUUGUCAGACAUAAGGGUGUUGAAUAUAAGUAAUUGCAAGAAGCUAAGGCAUCUAGAUGUGAUACAGAGCAUCGCAACGCUAAGAGACCUUACUAUCUCAAACUGCCCACGAGUAUGUUUUAACAUUUCCCAAUGGCCUUACAUCUCCCAUAUCACCUUCAUCGUCAUUGAUGGACAACGAGUGGUGACGGCAAAAGAUGAUAAAGUGCGCAGGGAGAAAUUGUGGAGAAAUUUCUUGAAGCGAAAACAAAGCCAAAAUUCGUACACUGAAGUAGAAGAAACCGAAGAUGAAACUGAAGAAAAAGCUGAAGUAGAAGAAGCUGAAGAUGAAAUAGAAGAAGAAGCUGAAGCUAAAGAUGAAGAAAGUAAAAGGGGAAAGGAUUUGUGUUUGAGUUUGAGGUGCUUCCAAAGAGCGAGUAGGUGAAGAUGGAAUCAUUGUGCAUCAAACACUUCUUAUGAUUCAGACGGGUUUGGCUGAAGAAGGUGAAGAAUAUGCAUAUCAAGAAAAUUUGACGGCUGUACUCAUUUUUAUCCCUGUUAUUGCAUGAGAGUUUGGAGAUUGAGGACUGCAAUGCUUUGCUGUAUCUGCCAUGUGAAAUGGUAGGAUCCUCGCUCGAGUCACUGGUGUUGGAGAAUUUAAGUAGCCUACAGAAUGCACCUGACGAUAUCAGGACGAGGAGGAUAAUUGGGCGUGGCACUGAGCGUCAAGGCCUCUAUUAUGUGGAUGAGUUUGCUCAACAAGGUGGCACCGCAAUGCUUGCUCACGGAUCUGCAAAUCGGGAAGCUUGGCUGUGGCACCGCAGACUGGGGCAUCCAUCCUCGGGUUAUUUAAAAUUGCUUUUUCCGAAAUUUUCUCAUUUUAAAGAUAUUACUUGUGAAUCUUGCGUUUUGGCAAAGAGCCACAGACAGUCGUUUAUAUCAAGUGAUACUCGUGUCGAGACAAUUUUUUCUCU